GCCGUGCCCCGUCGCGCCCCCACCCCCAGCGGUGCCGUCAUGUGGCAGGAGGCCCGCAAACACGAGCGCAAGCUCCGUGGCAUGAUGGUGGACUACAAGCGCCGCGGUGAACGCCGUCGAGAGUACUAUGAGAAGAUAAAAAAAGAUCCAGCCCAGUUUCUCCAGGUUCAUGGCCGAUCCUACAAGAUCCACCUGGAUCCUGCUGUGGCAUUGGCUGCAGAAAGCCCUGCAAACAUGAUGCCAUGGCAGGGUGAUGCCAACAACAUGAUUGACAGAUUCGAUGUCAGGGCUCACCUGGACUACAUCCCCACCUACACUCCUCCUCUGCUAAGCACAUCCACCCCAGAGCAAGAGAUGGAGGAGAGGAAAUGUAAUUAUGAGCGUUACAGAGGUCUGGUUCAGAAUGACUUUGCCAACAUCUCCGAAGAGCAGUGUUUAUACCAGAUCUACCUGGACGAGCUCUACGGUGGCCUAUCGAAACCAAAUGAGGAUGAGAAGAAAAAACUGGCGGAGAAAAGAGCCACAAUUGGUUACACAUACGAGGACAGCACUGUGCCGGAGCCUGAGCCCCAGUCAGACAAAGAUGAAGACAAUUCAGAGAACAGUGAAUCUGAAGAGGAUGAGGGCAUCCCCGACAUUGAUGUGGAGGUUGACGUUGAUGAGUUGAACCCAGAACAGCUGCUGGACCUAAACAAAAUGGCAACUCCUUAUGGAAUGGCUGAAGGCGACUUUGUCAGGAUGUUGAAGAAGGACAAAGAGGAAGUGGAGGCCAUUAAACAUGCCAAAGCCCUGGAGGCAGAGAAGGCCAUGUACUCUGGCCGUCGGUCUCGCAGACAAAGAAGAGAGUUCAGAGAGAAGAGGCUAAAAGGUAGACAGAUCAGCCCACCAAGUUAUGCCAGAAGAGACAGUCCAACAUAUGACCCUUACAAACGGCCGGAGUCAGAAUCCAGCUCAGAGUCACGGUCACGAUCUCGUUCUCCUGGUCCAGAAAAGAUCACGUUCAUCACCAGCUUUGGAGGCAGUGAUGAUGAAGCUGCCGCAGCAACACAAACUGCCGCUCCUCAAUCUGGCCAUGCCCCCUCCAGCUUGCAACACUCUGCAGGUCAUAGCAGGGGCUCCCGGAAACGAAGAUCGUCUUCUAGUCACUCCUCUUCUUCGUCCUCUCGGUCCUCAUCUCAGUCCUCCUCUCGCUCAUCUUCCCGUUCACGUCGAGCCCGACGAGGACAUGGGAGAAGGGAUGGGCGCCGUUCGCGGAGUCACUCUCGGUCGAGGCGGCGUUCCCGAUCACACUCCAGAAGUAGAGGAGGGAAUGGAGGAGCUGGAUCAUGGAGGAGGCAUGACCGGACAAGAUCACGGUCCAACGAUAGAGAUAAAGAUAGGGACAGGGACAGGGACCGGGACCGAGCCAGAGACAGAGACAGAGACCGAGACAGGGAAAGAGACAGGGAUAGGAGACGACAUUCAGUUCACAGACGAACAAGGUCCCGCUCCAGCUCACGGCAAGGUGGUAGUACAAGGCGGGGGGGUCGGAGCAGUGGAGGAUAUCGUCGGGGAGACAGUGGCAGCCGUAGUCCUUAUCAGUCUCCCAGCCGCACACCCCACAGUCCUUCCCCUGCUCACAAAGGGUCCCAGCCUACUGCCACCACCAUCUCUGACAAACUGAGAAAGCCUGACACUGCGGGUGGUAAAGAGACGGGAGCUGCCAAACCCAAGAUGACCCCACAAGAACGGCUGAAGCUUCGAAUGCAGAAAGCGCUCAACAAGCAGUCCAAGGCGGAUAAAAAAGCUGCUCAGGUGAAGAUCCAGCAGCAGGAACACAAACGGCAGGAGCGAGAGGGAGAGUUACGAGCCAUGGCACGCAAGAUCCGUAUGAAGGAACGUGAGCGGCGUGAGAAAGAGAGGGACGAAUGGGAAAGACAGUACGGACGGCAGAGCCACUCGCCUUCUCCCUCCAAAUAUGACCGAGAACACAACUCAUACAGAAGGUAUGUAAGAAGCCACAAGAAUCUCAGCAGUUCCAAUAAAGCACAAUGAAAAAUGUUUGCUUUCUUUUCAUAUUAAUGCACAAAUGGUGUCUCAAAGACUCAUCAAAAUUCCUGCAAAUGCAUUUUUUAGGUUUCUUGGCAUUCUCUUGAAGCACAGAUUAUCUGUAAUGUAUAAAGUGUGAGAGAAAGUAAAUACUCAAACACCUAUUUAUUCUUGAUACAGAUGCAAACUUGUCAUGUAGUUUAUUUUUCAUCUAGAACAAAACUGCACAGAACCCUUUACUAGGAACUUGUUCCCUUUACUGGGUAGAAUUUCCUAAUUUCUCUAAUCAAUCUCAAUUCUGGGUGCAUGAAGGAAAAUUUGGAAAAAUUACUUAAUUAUGCUUCAUUGCUUCAUUGCAUCACAUGACGGCUGCUCACUUGCGCAAACUCUCAAAACAGUGUUUUUGUGAUAUCGGGUAUUGUUAGAAGGGGGUGUACUGGCGCCUCUAAACCAGGAUUAUUCAAUCAAGUCCCACGAGUGCUGCAGUCCUGCAUGUUUCCCUGCUCCAACAAACCAGACUCAAAUUGAGUCCUUGUGCACAACUUAAUAGGCUGUUGGAUCCAUUUAAUUUGAGUUGGGUGUGUUGGAGCAUGGAGAUAUUGAAAACCUACAGGACUGUGGCCCCUGUGGGACCAGACUGAAUAGUCUGGCUCUGUACCAACCUGGACUAUUGGCCCAUUUUUCUCUACAGAGCUGCCAGUAAGGGUGGGACUCUUUAGACACAUUUCCAUGAGAUUAUGAUUCGGAUGGUUGUGUUUCAAAUAAUAAACAAUUAUUGGUGCAUCUUUUUUUUUUCUUGUGACUACUUUACUCCUACUUCCUGAAUGGAAAUGGGGAAUGUGGUUUCUCAUGUUGUGACAACGAAUAAUUAGUCUCACUUAUUUAUUGGUUAAUGCAGGACAACUUAGGUUUUCACCACGUAGCUGCAUCAAAUCCUAGCAGCCUUGGGUUGACCUUAUUUCUAUCAGAACUUCUACUGCGUUCUUCCGUGUCUGACUGUGAAGAAUGUAUCCCAGCUAGAGCUGUAAACCCACAAUGUCUGGUGUUGAACCCGCAGGGCCAUUAAGCCUACAGAUCUACGUUUGUAGACGGACCAGUUUGCUUCUUUGAUCUGCAUCAGUUUGUUUGCGUUUUCACACCAACCUAAGCACACUGGACUGUCUGCAUUAAAAGCUAGGAAGUGGAAGUACUUCAGCUUCUAGUCGUGGCUUCGUUUGCUCAGAGUUUAAUGCAGGGUUGGUUUUCAUACUCGGACAUUGUGUCUUAUGUGCCCAUCACAGUCUAGGCACUGCAAUUUUUUAUUUUGAGUUUGUAUUCUUUAAUAUUGUUAAUAAUUAGCAGAUAAAGAACUUUUUUUUUUUUUUUUUUUUAACAUUUGUACAUUGAUUCCGAGUUAUCCAUGUCUGCAUGACGAUCCACC